CAUUUUAUGUCAAGCAAGUGCAGAUGUUUGGCUGGCGAGCUUGAGAGAUUUUGUUUUCGAAAAUCUCCAUAUUCUUGUUGAUUUGCCGCUGACUGUUGCAAGUUGGAAAAGUUCUCCCUCUCACCUGCUAGGAGCAUCAUCAAGAUGGACGUUGAGGGCGCCCAACGCAAACAGAAGACCUCGCCACGUAACGAGCCGUAUGUCCAUCCGGUGAAUGGGAUUGUGCAGCCGCCAGUUAUGCCGCCGCCGGGGAGACGAGGACGGAGAACGAAUGUGCUGGAGAGCCUGAAGUCGGUGCUGAAGUAUGUGUGGAAGAGCCGCUGGUCGUACUAUUUCCGAUAUCCGGUGGAUGCAGUUGCUCUCUGCAUACCGGACUAUCACAAUUUGAUAAAGCAUCCGAUGGACCUGAGCACCAUACGGCGGCGGCUGAACAACAACUACUACUGGAAGUCGGACGAGGCGCUGGGCGACUUUGAGCUGAUCUUCGAGAACUGCAUGCUCUACAAUCUGGAGGGCAGCGAGGUGCACAAGGCCGGCAAGGAGCUGCGCGAGGCCUUCUACACGCGCCUCUCCUACAUCGACAUGAGCAACGAGACCGAGCUGAUUCCCCAGGCCGUGCUCAGGAAACGCAAGGCCGAGUCCAUGAUGCAGAUGAAUCCAAUCUAUGAGAGCGUGACACCGGCUACUCCUAAGCUGCCCAAACAGAGUACGGAAACUAUUUGGUCACCAGCCGAACCGGAGAUUUACACUGAGCCCGAACUCUACUCGGAGCCCAUCAAGUUCGAGGUGAAUCCAACCACACUGUUCGAGUGGCAGAACUAUCUGGUCGAGAAGAGCCACUCGGAGCAGCUGCUCCGUGCGAUGACCAAGCGCAAGCGGAACCUGGUCAAUUGGCCCUUCAAGUGCUGCGACCUGUGGCGCGAAUAUGCCCAGAAUCUGCAUUACGAUCACGAUGCGGAGGAGAAGCUGGACUGGGAUAUUCUCAGGAACAGGCUCGAGAACAAUCAAUUCGAUAGCUUUGAGGAGUUCGUGGACAAGUUGCGAGUUAUGUUCCAGAACGCUUUGACCUGUUUUCCCGUUGAUGAAACCUUGAUCGAAGCGGUGAAUGAGAUAAAUGAUAUUCUGGAGUCUCGUUUGGAAGAUUUUAAAAAUUCUAUUGCCGAAAUGAAGCAGCGGGUGCGACAAUUGGUUACCAAGAAACUUCAAACUUACAACGCAAUUAUUGCCCAGCAAACAAGCUUAAUUAAUUCCGAAGAGAAUUUUUCAUAUGCGCACGAAUGUUGUGAAUAAUAUUAUAAUCAAGUUGGGUGAUGUUUCAAGUUCUUGUAAUAAAAGAAAAAUAAAUCCCUCCAAAAUUCAAAUGCAAAACUGUUUUUGGAGUCCUCGUAACAGUCCGCCAGGUGUCGCUACAGUUAACACUGCGAUUUCUACUUAACAUCACCAAUUGAGCUAGUAGUUGUUGUUGGCUAAAAUAAAUUGUGGACAAAAAAACAACUUACAGCCUUUAAGUCUUUCUGUAAUAAUUUUUUAUUUUCAAAUAGUAAAUUAUUAUUGUCUUUAAAAAAGUGCGAUUUUAUUUCUUGCGAUACUAUCGAUAAUUCAGUAUCUGCGCAGAGUGGAAUUUUCAAUAUCGAUACGCGAUAAUAUCUGGCAACUGCGAGCGUACAGAAGCUCCUCGAGAAAUUUCGUUAAAAAUCGGGCAAAUGUCGCAAAAAAUUGAUAAUUUGUUGUGAAAAGUGUUUAUUAGUGUUGUAUGAAGUGCAUAGUUAUUAAAAUUGCAUUAUCAAAUGCUUUAAAAUGUGAAGUAAAAAGCUGAAAACCUGAUUUGUGAAGAGGUAGCCUUUUUUUCAUCAUCGUAAAAUACAUACAGACAUUCUCUCACACACACGCAACUGUAUAUAUGUAUAAAUAACGCGCGGGCGCGAGAGAGAGAAAGAGCGUAAGCUAGUGUUGAA